GCGACCCACCGAGCCGAACCACCCGAGCGACCGAAACAACUCGCCGAUACAUCGCGCAGCAAGCGUAGCGUGCGAGCCGAGCCGGGACGCGAAUGAGCGAGGGGGCCGCGGCGGCGGCGGCCGCGCGGGUGGCCUCGUCGGCGGAGGAUGGGGCGGGGGCGGAGGCGGCGAGGGCGGGGCGGGCGUGGGCGUUCAGGCGGGAUCUGGCGGCGGGGGCGCUGAUGGGGGGCGCCGUGCACACCGUGGUGGCCCCCAUCGAGCGGGUCAAGCUGCUGCUGCAGACGCAGGACGGCAACGCCGCGCUGCUCGGGAGGUCGCGCCGCUUCCGGGGCUUCGCCGACUGCGUCGCCCGCACCGUGCGCGACGAGGGCGUGCUCUCGCUCUGGCGGGGCAACGGCACCGCCGUCAUCCGCUACUACCCCUCCGUCGCCCUCAACUUCUCCCUCAAGGACCUGUACAGGAGCAUACUGAAAGACGCAGGAACCUCAGCAGACAAUAAGUUCACAUCAAUUGCUCUCACCAACUUCAUCGCUGGUGCCGCCGCCGGAUGCACUACCCUGGUCAUCAUUUACCCACUCGACAUAGCUCACACCCGCCUUGCAGCCGACAUUGGCCAAACAGACGCCCGCCAGUUCAAGGGCAUCCGGCACUUCAUCCAAACCAUCUACAAGAAGAACGGCAUCCGCGGCAUCUACAGAGGGCUACCAGCGUCGCUCCACGGGAUGGUCGUCCACCGGGGCCUAUACUUCGGAGGCUUCGACACCGCAAAGGACACGCUGGUGCCGCUGGACUCCCCACUGUGGCAGCGCUGGGUGACGGCGCAGGCGGUCACCUCCACGGCAGGGCUCAUCUCGUACCCGCUGGACACGGUGCGGCGGAGGAUGAUGAUGCAGUCGGGGAUGGAGGCGCAGAUGUACAGCGGCACCCUCGACUGCUGGCACAAGAUCUACAGGGCGGAGGGGGUCAGGUCCUUCUACCGGGGCGCGCUGUCUAACAUGUUCCGGAGCACCGGCGCGGCCGCCAUACUCGUGCUGUACGACGAGGUGAAGAAGUUCAUGAAUGGGGGUAGGUUGUGAUAGGUAUAGAGAGAGUGUGUGGUUCUCCACAGAUUUUGGGGUUCCGGCAUGGAGAUUAGACACGACCAAACGGUACACGGAGCAGCAGCGGCGGCGGCGGCUCGGAUCAAGCGCUUUGUUUGUAGUAGGCGAGUACUGGUUUCCUGCUGUUCGCCACUAACCAACCAACUACAACUAGUAGCAAGGGCAUCAUGGUCCCAGAGAUUGUGGCUGGCUGUUGUUUGUUUUGAUUUUCGUUCCGUCUCUCUCGUGUGUGACUCGAAGUUCCAAUGGAUUGACUGCCUCUCUGCCUGUGUGCUUUCUGGUGGUGAGGUUGGAACUACACUGAAAGAGUGUUCAGUUAACACUGUUGGCCUUCCUAUGAA